AUGUGGGAAACGACUACGUUGACGCAGAGCAAAGACCUGAUCAGACGUUAUCAUCACUGCCAUCACCAGCCACUGACACGUCAGUGGCCUAAAGUCGAAACCACUGAGCUUCGUUACGAUACCGGAUUUGAUCCUGGAUCGGGCUAUCGCCCAUUGUAUUCACUAACAACGACGGACGGUAAAUUCCUACCAAUUCAUUUUGGCGAUAUACUGGCAUACAAUCCGAAUAUUCUACCUCACCCUACCAAGAACAAUACCUGGGUUGUUAUCGCCCAAAAGGAAGAGAGCCGAGUGGUCAAAUCAGUCAUGCAUGAAUUGGUAUGCAUUGCGGAGUUGGUGAAUGAUGCUCUGGUUUGUACCGGUGCUCCGAUCGAUUUGCCUGUCGCGCCCUCUGUCCGGGGUGAUUGUCCUACAAGGGAGCUCGACAUGUUCAAUUACAUGUUUGGACCCCGUGACGCACGCAUGUUUCACGGACCCGAAGCCCCCUUUAUCGUUUACGGAUCUCAGUCGACAUACGGCUGCAUGGGGCUUUGGAUCCAAGACGCUCGCGCGCUCAUAGGGGACUUGCAGUCCACAUUUUUGAAGAUGAUGGUGCAACUCACAAAUGCAACGGAACUUGACCGGCCGCCCCCCCGCCAUGGUAUUGAGAAGAACUUCUUCCUCUUUUGGGAUAGUCACGGCGAGGUAUACGCGCACCAAGACGUUCAUCCCUGCCGUGUUUUCGCCCAGCUUGCCUCCGAUGGAACUGUUGGGCCCAACCUCGCGCCUCAGAGUUCGAACGGAGACAAAGUCUGCUUGGAAGAAUAUAUGCCAAAGAUUGGACCAGAACUGGAGUCGAUACACCAAGCAACCAAUUCUUUAGCGAUCACCCUUUGCAAACGCUCCGAGUCACUUUGCAUACCCAGUGACGAAAACACAUAUAUCAUGAUGAUCUUUCAGCACAAAACUUAUUUCGGCUUUCAUGCAGUUUACGAAGCAUAUAUCAUGCUCUUCCAACGUACUGCGCCCUUUGCCAUUCACGCCAUCUCUACAAAACCGUUAUGGAUGCAUGGUCGGGGUCCUCUAACCAGAGAUACACACGCAAUCUUCUACGAAGGUCGACCCGAUGACGAGUUCCCCCAGAACCACACUGAAAUGUUUUACGUCACAAGUAUAAGCUGGAAGAAUCGUGACCAAAGGUAUCAUGGUUACGAGGACGACCCGCUGGUCAUAGCGUUCGGUAUCGAAGAUACGAGGUCUGGGAUCAUCGAUGUUUUCGCAGGAGAUUUGCUACGAGAUCUGGCGUUCUGUAGAACCAAAAACAUAUAA